CCCUGUGACCCCUCUGCCAUCUCACUCUUCCCAUUUCUACCCCCCAAUUUCAUAAAGGAAACAGAAAAUAUGCGUGUAUAGUUUCCAUGUUGGGUUUUGCUUUCCAACUUCAAAUCUUCUACCUUUUUAAGCAAGAAGAAACCCAAGCACCCAACUGUGCCAUACCAGCUGGUUCUCGGACUGAUCCAAAAAAAUGAGGUUGGUCGUGUCUGUUGUUCCUCUCCUGGCUUAUCUUUCCUUUCCUCUUCAUCAGGCAUCAAAGACUAUUUGAAAGCUCUUAUGGAUUUCUAACCCUGCUGGAAUUAUGGGGUUGUUCAAAGCCAGAAUCUUGUGCUUUUGUCUACUCCUUGCCUUCAAAGUCUGUAUUGCUGUCGAUCAACAUGUUGGCCAGAUAUAUCCAGGAUUCCGAGCAUCUCAGAUGCAAUGGUUAGAACAUGAUGGCUGGUUUCUCUUAUCCAAAAAUAAAAUAUUUGGUUUUGGCUUCUAUACCACCCUGGAUCCUCAACGUUUUGUCCUGGUUAUCAUUCAUCUUCAAACCUGCAAAGUUGUUUGGACUGCUAAUAGAGGCUUGUUGGUUGACAAAUCUGAUAAGUUUGUGUUUGAUGAUAAUGGGAAUGUUUAUUUGGAAAGAGGAGAUAAGGUUGCUUGGGCAACAAACACAACUGGGAAAAGGGCUACAUCAAUGGAAUUGCUGGACUCAGGUAACUUCGUACUUCAUGGGGAUAAUGGAAGAACUCUUUGGCAGAGCUUUAGCUAUCCCACUGAUACCCUUUUAUCUGGCCAGGAGUUUGUGGAAGGAAUGAGGCUUAAAAGUUUUCCCAGAAAUGAUAAGAGUGACUAUCUUGAAUUUAAGUCUGGGGAUUUGGUCUUGUACACAGGGUUUCAGACUCCACAAACCUAUUGGUCCUUGUUGGACGAAAUCCAGAAAAUGAGUAAAAGUCCCAUCAGCGAGGUUCAUUCUGCACGUUUAGUAUCCAACUCAUGGAACUUUUAUGAUCAAAAUAAAGUCUUGCUAUGGCAGUUUAACUUCUCUCAAAAUUCUGAUGUGAACGUGACAUGGGCUGCCAAAUUAGGAUCAGAUGGAGCAAUUGUGUUCUAUAAUCUUCAUCAGGGAAGUCGAGUGAUUGCUGAGGCAACAAAGAUACCACAAAACCCCUGCGACAUUCCUGAGUAUUGUCCCCCGUUGAUGGUGUGCUCUUUUGACACUGUGUGUCUAUGUCCUAAUGAUCUUCGCACCCAAAACAACUGCAGACCACCUGUUGUGUCAAACUGUGGUUCAGUAGAUCUACUCUAUGUUGGUCAGAAGCUCGAUUAUUCUGUGCUUCAGUUUGCCAAACCCUAUUUGAACUCCGAUAUAGAUGCUUGCAAGAAAGCUUGCCUUGGAAACUGCACCUGUGCUGCACUGUUCUUUGAAAACAGUACUGGGAAGUGCUUUUUGUUUGACCACAUAGCAGGUAUGAAGCGUGCUGAGCGGGGUUCUAGUGGUUUUGUUUCAUAUGUGAAGGUCUCAAAGAAUGAAAAUGGUACCAAUAAUGAAGCUAGGCAUGUUAUAAUUGUUGUGAUAAUAGUAGUAGCAACAAGUCUGGUUAUUGCUGGUAUACUUUAUGUGGGAUUCUGUUAUUACCGCAAACAGAAGCGAUUGCUGCAAUGUGCUCAAGAAAACUUGGAGGAGGAUAAUUUCCUGGACAGUUUUUCAGGGAUGCCUGUUCGUUAUUCUUAUGGUGAACUUUGUAAGGCCACUAAAAACUUCUCUAAAAAGGUUGGCCAAGGAGGAUUUGGCUCAGUCUACCGAGGUGUGAUGCCAGAUGGCACUCAAUUGGCUGUUAAAAAAUUGGAGGGAAUAGGACAAGGAAAAAAGGAGUUCAGAGCUGAAGUCAGAAUCAUUGGAAGUAUCCAUCAUGUGCACCUGGUCAAGCUCAAAGGCUUCUGCUCUGAGGGUGUUCACCGGCUUCUUGUUUAUGAGUUCAUGGGCAAAGGAUCUCUGGAUAAAUGGAUAUUCAAGAACGGUGAAGAAAGUAAUAUUUUGGAUUGGGAUACAAGAUUCAAUAUUGCACUGGGUACAGCAAAGGGAUUGGCUUAUCUCCAUGAGGAAUGUGAAUUGAAGAUCGUGCACUGUGACAUAAAACCUGAAAAUGUUCUUCUUGAUGAUCAUUUCAAUGCCAAAGUUUCAGAUUUUGGCUUGGCUAAGCUUAUGAGCCGUGAAGAAAGCCUGGUAUAUACAACACUAAGAGGUACAAGGGGAUACCUUGCACCAGAGUGGAUCACCAACAACCCUAUAUCAGAGAAGAGUGAUGUAUACAGCUAUGGUAUGGUCUUGCUUGAGAUCAUUGGGGGUAGGAAGAGUUAUGAUCCUGGGGAAAUUUCUGAGAAAGCUCAUUUACCUGCUUUUGCCUUCAAGACGUUGGAAGAAGGAAAUCUGAAAGAAAUCUUUGAUCCUAUGCUAGAUGUCAAUGAAAAUGAUGAAAGGUUUGUCACUGCGAUAAAAGUCGCAUUAUGGUGUAUACAAGAAGAAAUGCGUUUAAGACCACCAAUGACUAAAGUAGUUCAGAUGCUUGAAGGUCUCUGUGAUGUACCUCAGCCCCCACUCUCUUCACUCCCAGGUGCUCGGGCUUACUCAGGUUUUCUUAAGUGGAGCACUGACGGGUGUUCAUCGUCAGGACAAACAGCGUACAAUAGUGAUGCAUUUUUGUCCGAUGUUCGACUAUCAGGUCCACGGUGAAUGAAGCCAUUAUUGUAGUUGGAGAUGUAUCUACAAAGUACAACUCUUUAAAGUGUAAAAGAUUCCAGUUUUGGCUCCAAUUCAUUGAUUACUAGGCUUGAAAUGUCCAGGUUCUCAUGACUUUAUAUUGUACAUGUUCUCUUCAGUAUGCAUGAUAAGCCCAAGAGUUGCUCUGCUUUCUAAAUAGUUUUCCUUCUUGUAAAUCUUUGUUCUUCAAUAUCAUGGCAAUUUUUCUUUGGA